UCAACGAGCUCGAGAGAAAAGCGGAGACGGGCAGACACCAUUUCUCUCUCAGCGUCUUUGGACUAUCUACACGAAGGCAAAGAGACGAGAUUCAAAAGUCUUUUUCGGAACAGGAAUAUAGUUAUCUACAUUAAUUCACCAAAUUAACCAUGGCCGACACAGCUGUUGACACGACCGCAUCUGCAGAGGUUACAGCCAAGGAGCUGAAAGAGAAGAAAGAAGUAGAAGUGGAGGAGGAGAAGACCGACAACGGGGACGCACCUGCCAAUGGCACAAAUGGCGCUGAACACAGUGACAAAGUGGAAGAACCUGUGGAGGAGAAACACGAGAAUGGAGAUGGGACUGCAGAGGAGGCGCCCCCUGCUGAGGAGACUGAUGCACAGCCCGUGAAGCGUGCAGCUGAAGAGGAGGAGGAGAAAGUGGAGACAAAAAAGCAGAAGACAGAGGAAAAUGGAGAGUCAAAAGAGGCAGAAGUGGAGGCUUAGGUCUCUGCCCUGCUACUCAUUUGCAGCACUGUCUUACCAGCCUGGUCAACAUUGUGUUGUAGAGCUUGUGCUUUCUCCUACCUUUAAGAAAUAUUUUUUUUUGUUUGCUCCCAUGUUAUCACAUUGCACUGGAGUCCUGAAAGAUAGUGGCCCUGCAUCCUUUUUUAUGAAAUGUUAUUUAUUGGUCUUUAAAAAUGAUCUUUUUGAUCUUUUUUUCUUUUUUUUUAACUUGUACAAAUAGGGCCACACUAUGAGAUCAGUUUUUCAUUUCUUGAGGUUUUAUAUCGGUAUGUUAGAAGCACAGUCUCUAUUAUGCCAGUGAUGACCAGAUAAUUCAUUCAUACAGGCAGCUGCUCACCCCCUCCAAGGCUCAUGUUGACCUCUCAGAUUCACUUAAAGGACCAAAGAUAAGUUUUAAGCAGGGGCUAAUGGACAGUUGUUUGCAUUAUUAGUUGAGGCAUAAUUUUUUGUGUUAAGCUGCUACUUAAUCCUUGGCUUGGCUGCCCUGUUAACAUAACAGAUGGUGCAAAUGAAUAAAGGGGCUCUGUCUUGCACCUUCAUGAUAAGAUUACUUGAUCUUGUUUUGUGGAAGCAGGAUUUUGCAAUGUUAAUUAACCCCUCUUAAAUCUUAAGGCUUUGGUCAUUUGUUCUGUAUGCAUUCCACGCAAGUUUGUACCAUUUAUACUUGUUUUUCUUACAUUUUCAAUGAGUUUUAUGUUAUGGCUGGGUAGCCCAGUUUUGUGUCCAAGACUGCCUUUUUCAGAACCAGAAUGACAUUCGGUUACUUCAGCCACUGCUUUGUAUAUUCUGAUUAACAAAUAAAUUGUCUUUUUACUUAA